AAAAUCGGGAUAUAGCAAAAAAAAUUUUUAAUUUUAAAUAUGCCUAAAAUUGGUAUAAAUGGUUUUGGUCGAAUCGGACGAAUGGUGACUAGGGCAGCCCUUGAAAAGGGUAUCGAGGUCAAGCAUAUCAAUGAUCCGUUUAUUAAACCAGAUUAUAUCGCCUACAUGUUUAAAUAUGAUUCGACCCAUGGUCGUUACAAAGGAUCAGUGGAAAAUAAAGAAAAUACUCUAGUUAUUAAUGGAAAGCCCGUUAAUAUAUCAAAUGAAAAAGAUCCAGCUGCAAUACCUUGGGGUAAAAAUUGUGUAGAUUAUGUUGUAGACUCCACUGGUGUAUUUAAAUCAAUCGAAAAAGCUUCAGGACAUUUAAAGGGUGGUGCAAAAAAGGUUGUUAUAACAGCACCAUCAAAAGAUGCUCCAAUGUUUGUGAUGGGUGUCAACAAUGACAAAUAUGAAUCAUCCAUGGACAUUGUAUCGAAUGCAAGUUGUACAACAAAUUGUUUGGCUCCAUUAGCUAAAGUAUUACACGACAACUUUAAAAUAAUUGAAGGUUUAAUGACAACAGUGCAUUCGAUCACAGCCUCACAAAAUACUGUGGAUGGUUUGUCGAAAAAAGAUUGGCGUCUUGGUCGUGGCGCCUUACAAAAUAUUAUACCAGCAUCAACAGGCGCUGCCAAAGCUGUGGCUAAAGUCAUACCUGAUCUAAAAGGUAAAAUAACGGGUAUGGCAUUUCGUGUACCCACAUCCGAUGUAUCUGUUGUGGAUUUAACAGUUCGUCUUUGUAAACCAACGUGUUACGACGAAAUUAAAUUGAAAAUGAAGGAAGCUGCUAACGGACAUUUGAAAGGGAUAUUGGGUUAUACGGAGGAACAAGUUGUAUCCACGGACUUUAAUGGAGACACACAUUCUUGCAUCUUCGAUGCAGGUGCUGGUAUGGCUUUAAACGAGACAUUCGUUAAGUUGAUUUCAUGGUAUGACAACGAAGUUGGAUAUUCGAAUCGUGUUGUGGAUUUAAUCAAAUAUAUGUCAACCAAAAAUGGUUUUUGAUGUACUAAAUUAUUGUGAA